GUCCAACGGAGCAUGGGGCCUAAAUAUAGAUACGUGCAUAGGUUAUAUAUCGGAAGAUAGUAGGAACUAAUUUACUUUUUUUCGAAUAAUCAUGACUUUCAAAACAUGGUGUAUUUGAUGCAUUUAUCUACGAAAUAUAUUAACAGAUGUAAGUGUUAAUCAAAAAAUGGGUUACGGCAAAAGUGAAAACUCUGGUCGGAAUAUGUUUAGUGACCUUGACCGCGGUUGGUCGUGGAUGAUAUUAUUUGCUAGUUUCAGUUCUUUCUUCCUGCUUGGAGGUCUGAUUAAUUCUGUCGGCGUCAUUCAUUCAGUGCUGUUGGAAAAAUAUAAAGAAAGUGUGUCAUUGACAGCAUGGGUGGGAUCUCUACAUUCGGCUUUACUCUUGUUUGGAGCACCUGUCUCGAGCAUUGUGACAGACCGAUUCAGCUGCAGAGUGGCUAUAGUGCUGUCUGGUAUCUUCUUUAUCAUAGGGUACUUAGGGACUGCAUUUGCAACAAACGUAAGAGUUGCUAUACUCACGUGUGGGAUCAUUGGAGGAAUAGGAGCAGGCCUUGGAUGCAACGCUAGCUUGGUUGUAAUAGGCUUCAAUUUUGACAAAAGAAGAGAUCUGGCGCUAGGUAUUUCUUUAUCAGGUGUUGGAACAGGUGUGUUCGUUCUCGCACCACUAAUGCAAGCAACACGUGAUUAUUAUGGUUCCAUAGGAUUCUUCGUAAUUUUAGCAGCAAUGUCUGCAAAUAUUGUUACAUGUGGUAUGUUAUGUUUUCCAAGUCAGAUGGAAAGGCAUGCUAAAUCAGAAAGAAAUAGAGACAGGCUCAGAUCUAAACUAAGUUCCAAUAAUAAUCACUUUUUUGCAGUGAUUCGAACAUACGUCUCUGUGUUGGCUAACCGCGGAGUUAUACUGAUGUGUUCAUCGUUCUUUAUAUAUUCUAUUGGUUCAUUUCUGGUUUAUCUUCAUUUACCACAUUAUAUAGAAUCUAAAGGUCACAGCGGAGCUCAGGCAGCGUUCCUAGUCGCUCUGAUAGGUAUAAUUUCGGCUGUGAGUCGUAUCUUAACAGGGCUAGUGGCAAACACACAUAGAAUUGAUAACGUCAUUAUAUAUUCAGUUUCUAUAGCGAUAUUUGGUUCAGCAACGCUAGUUUAUCCAUUUAUCGCGGAUAAUUAUUCAGGGCAUGUUAUAUAUGUGUGUUUCGUAGGGCUAUUUUAUGGAUGCUGUUAUGUAGUGUCUGCAGGGGUACACGUGAACUUUGUUGGAAUCAAUUACAUAUCGUCUGCUGUCGGACUACAGUUCUUCUGUGGAGGAGCAGGCGGAAUCAUUGGUCCGGUAUUCGCAGGUGUGCUUGUUGAUCAAGGUGGAACAUACAACCAGUCAAUUAUUGUGGCAGCAUGUUGUUUACUGAUAUCUUCUAUACUUGGUGCUGUACUUCUAUGUAUUCCAAAACCUGCCAUUAUAAAAGACGCUCCAAGUGAUAAAUGUAAGACCGAUGGUGAUGAAUGCGAAACAACAUUCGAUCUCAACGACGACGACAACAAACGGCUUUGACGCGACAUGAUAAUAUCAGUAUAUAAUAACUGCAGGAUGGUGUUGAUACACCUCGAGUUGAAACUCGUAAUCUCGAAUUCUAAGGUGCCGUGCGUUUUACUUCAAGAAAUUAAAAGUUUGUGUUUUUGCUUCAAAAAUAAUUAUUGCCGUUAUCUCAUAUGCAUAGACCCUACUCAUGUCACUUAAAAUGGCAUAUAGAUUUUAUAUAGAUUGUGAGAAUAUGUAUCAGUUUUAAACGGGUUUUAUAGCUUUUACUGAUUAUAUUUGAAACACAUGAUCAACAAAUUCGUUGUUUGUU